AUGAUCACUGAAGAUGACACACCACCAUAUGAUAGACCUCUACUCAGUAAGAAACCAACUACAGACGUGAAGGAUGCACGAAUGCGAAGCGAUGACUACUAUAAGGAGAAUUUCAUCGAUGUGAUCACGAAUGUCAAGGUCACUGGUGUAGAUCUCUCUCACCGUAAAAUAAAUCUGGGCUCGGGAGACAGUAUGCAGUUCAGUAGGCUAGUGCUAGCCUUGGGCGGUCUGCCAAAGAAACUCAGCUGUCCUGGUGCAGAUCUGAAGAAUGUCUACACCUUACGCUACAUCUCUAAUGCAAACAAGAUCGCUGCAGAAUCUACUGGAAAGAAUGUGGUGUGCAUCGGCGGAUCAUUUAUAGGCAUGGAAUUGGCGUCGGCCCUUUCAAAAACGGCCGCAUCGGUGACUGUGGUCUGCACUACUGAUGAGCCGCUACCGCAACUGGGUCCUGACAUAGGCUGCGUCAUUAGAAAUCGAUUCGAAGAAAAGGGUGUACAUGUCCUGGUGAAAUCCAAUGUCGAGAAAUUGGAAGGCACAGACGAUGGUGUCACUGGUGUUGUUCUCACUUCGGGUGAAAAACUUCCCGCAGACAUGGUUGUCGUUGGAAUAGGAAUCAUGCCACCGACGGAAUGGUUGAAAGGUACUCGUAUUGAACUGGAUGAUCGAGGAUUCAUCAUAGUAGAUGAUCGAUUCAGAACAAGUGCAGAUUUUGUCUACGCCAUCGGUGAUACAGUAACUGCACCUCUACCCUUGUGGGACAUAGAGAACAUCAACAUUCAGCACUUCCAAGUAGCGCAAACUCACGGUGAGUAG